AUGGAAAAAGCGCAUACUAGGAAGGAAGAAUUAAAAGGAAAGAGACAGACUGCACUAGACAACAUCGAGUUAGCAAAAAACUCUCUCGAGUACAGCUGCAACUUUACUAUUUCCGAUGGUGUUUGUUAUUUGAAAGGGAGAGCAUUGCAACUUCUCUCCAACAACAAUUCAUCACCCAAUGGAGAAGAGUUUGAGUGCAUUUUAAUGAACUUUUUGCACUGCGCCAAAGCGUAG